UUACAAUCUGCAAAUCUGAUCAGAACCAGUUUGACAUUGGCAAGAAUAUGAAGUCCCUCGCUGUGUUUUGUUGUAUUGUUUUCCUGUAUGGUGUUAAAUCUAUGCAUGCCGAUCCAAUGCUAUGUAACCGGCAAAAUGAAAUCCUCGAUUGUGUCCACUUAUGUCCCCCGGAGCGCAACUGCAGAAACCGUAACAUAGCUUUCAACUGCUUGGAGAGUGAAACUCCAUGUAGACCGAAGUGUGUCUGCAAAGAGGGGUAUUACAGGAAUUCUGUAGGAGAGUGUACGAGUGAAGAAAAUUGUGAUAAAUGUUCCCGCCAAAACGAGUACUUCUCCUGUGGUCCAGAAUGCGACAACGUGUGUUCCGAUCUACACUUACAAAACCAAACUAAUUGUCCCAUUGUGAAUAUUGUGUGUAAUAACAAAUGUUAUUGCGAUCCGGAUCACGCCAGAGACGAAAAUGGCAACUGUAUACCUAUUGAAGAAUGCCCAAAAGAUGCUGAUAGACAAAAACGUCAUGCUUAUCACCAUCACCAUAUUGAAGAAGCUAAGCAAGGCAAAAAAUGCGGUCUAAAUGAAGAAUACACAGACUGCAAGAAGUCAUGUCCACCAGAAACAUGCAUGUCUAUUGUGGCCAGAUACAAAUGUGACGCUCAAGAGAAAUGCAAGCCCGGUUGUGUCUGUAAAUCCGAUUAUAAGAGGAAAAGUGAAGAUGCACCGUGCACUCCGAUCAAAGAAUGUCCUCAGUUACAGGGGUCACACGAUUUUAAUUAAAUCUAGUCGUUAAUUGUUAGAAAGGUAAAACCGAAUUUAGAAAGCACUACAACAAAAGACAUGAUAAAAUAUUUUAUCUACAAAAAUAAAUUGCGUUUUUAUUAA